UGGGGAGCAGACUAGGAGCCGCAUGUGCCAAGUUCGGAAGCGGCUGGAGGAGCUCUUCAGCAAGAAGCGAAUGCCAGAGAGUUCCGUCGGAGUGGGUGGCCAAGCAAGCCUGCAAAGAUGGGAGAACAACCCAUCUUCACCACCAGAGCACAUGUCUUCCAAAUAGACCCCAGCACAAAGAAGAACUGGAUGCCUGCAAGCAAGCAGGCAGUCACUGUUUCCUACUUCUAUGACAGCACAAGAAACAGCUAUCGGAUUAUCAGUGUGGAUGGAGCCAAGGUGAUCAUCAACAGCACAAUCACACCUAAUAUGACCUUCACCAAAACAUCGCAGAAAUUUGGCCAGUGGGCAGACAGCAGAGCAAACACUGUGUUUGGUUUGGGUUUUUCUUCUGAGCAGCAGUUGACAAAGUUUGCAGAGAAAUUCCAGGAAGUGAAGGAAGCUGCCAAAUUAGCUAGAGACAAGUCUCAAGAGAAAAUCGAGACCUCAAGCAAUCAUUCUCAAGAAUCAGGAUGUGAAACCCCAUCUUCUACUCAGGCAUCAAGUGUGAAUGGAACGGACGAUGAAAAAGCAUCUCAUGGCCCCGCUGACACACGUCUGAAAUCUGAGAAUGAGAAGCUGAAACUGGCCCUUACACAGAGUGCCUCCAAUGUGAAGAAAUGGGAGAUUGAGCUGCAAACUCUGAGGGAGAGCAAUGCAAGACUGACAGCAGCGCUCCAAGAAUCUGCUGCCAGUGUAGACCAGUGGAAAAAGCAGUUUUCUAUUUGCAGAGAUGAGAAUGACCGACUCAGGAAUAAGAUUGAAGAGCUAGAAGAACAAUGUAAUGAAAUAAAUAAGGAGAAAGAGAGGAAUUCACAGCUGAAAAGGAGACUGGAGGCCCUGGAGUUGGAACUUAAAGAAAAAGAGAGGGAGUUGAAAGAUCUCCGAAAACAAGGUGAAAUCAUACCCCAGCUCAUGUCAGAAUGUGAUUUUGUCACCGAGAAAUUAGAGGCUUCUGAGAGACAAAAUCAAAAUCUUGAAGAUAAAGUGAGGUCUUUAAGGACAGACAUCGAAGACAGUAAACACAGACAGCGCCACCUAAAAUUGGAAAUCAAGAACUUUUUGGAGGUCCUCGAUGGGAAGAUAGAUGACUUGCAUGAUUUUCGGCGAGGGCUCUCCAAGCUGGGAACGGAAAAUUAGGAUGCAAAUUGUGAUCUAGGCUCCAGGAGUUUCAUGUUUGUUAACCCUAAGUGUGUGUACUACAAAAUAGGAACAGGAAGGACAGCUCGUUUGAAUUGUUUUUGUAAAUAGAGGCUCAAAGUUUGUUGUGUUUUCCAACCAAUCGUGCUGCUCACUAAUUUCUGUCCAGAGUAGAAAACUUUGCUUUUCUGGGCUUGUGG